AUUCUGAAGAUGCUUUGAUUUCCGCAAACAAAAAGUCACGUGACACGGACGUAUACGUCACUCGCAAACAUGGCGGACUGGAACAGAGGCCACAGCUCUGUGGAGGACAUGCUGGAUGCUGAGAACAAACGAAUGGCAGAAAACUUGUCAGCUAAAGUUUCAAGAUUGAAAUCUUUGGCUUAUGACAUCGACCAAGAGACAGAGGAUCAGAAUGAUUAUUUAGAUGGCAUGGACUCAAACUUCAUGAGUGCCACUGGUCUUCUAACUGGAAGUGUGAAACGUUUUUCAACUAUGGUUCGAUCGAGUCGGGACAAUCGGCGUCUCCUUUGCUACAUCUCCAUCGGACUGGUCGUCGUAUUCUUCAUAUUGUAUUAUAUUGUGAUAAGGAUUCAGCGCUGACAAGAAAUUGACUUACUAAAAACAGACACUUAACAUUUUGUAUUUAUUAAAGUGCAAAUGCAGGGAUACAGGAUGUUGGAUGGUCCAUAUUAAGAUGAGUAGUUAAAGGGCUUCUGAAUCCAAUGUUGGUGAAUGGGAAAAACUAAGAUUGCAUCAAACAAGAAGAACGCACAAUUUCAUUGAGGGAGUGUAAGUAUUAAGGAAGACCAAUUUUUAGACUUGAUUCAUGUGGCAGGUGGACUAAAACAGGUCUAAAAAAGGAUAGUAUGAGACUAGGACCAGAGUUAGAGCCAGAUUUAAGUCAGAAUUAAACCAGAACUAUAUGAGUCAUGAUUAAUCCAUAUGACACCACAUGAAUACUUGGGCUAGACCAAUUUGAAUACAUAUCUUUGAAGAAGUCUAUUCCAAACUAAUUCUUAAUGUCUAUAGCCAAUAUAUAUAUUUAUGUCUACUAAGAGUUACUGAUAAUUCUUUGUUCUAUUUUAAUGUUUGUUGAUUAUGUGUUACGAUAAAAUUGGUUUGUCUUCCAUGGUAGUCAAGCACCCAAUAUUCCCAUCCUGUGUUGUAGAUAGUUGCCCGAUAGAGAUUUAUUGAUUACUGUUUAAAAAGUGGAGAUUAUUAUUCUAAUCUGGUUUAAAAUGUACAGCGAAUUGCUUGAGUUCAUGUUAUUUAAGUCAAAAUUGUUGUUUUUUUAGUGCAGAACCCAACAUAGUAAAUGCACACAAUUGUUUACUAACGCCAUAUAAAAAGACCUAUAUUUAAUUUAUAAAGAAAUGUAUGGAUUUUAUACUUUUAUUUUCUUAUGGUACAGUAUACAAAACUGUCACUAGGCUGUGGUUUAUAAGUAACAAGAUUAACAUAGUAUUAAAAUCUGGAUGUAAUUUUGUAUUCAAUAAAAUGUCAAACUUUUGCU